AUGGUAUCCCACACAUGUGUUAAGGAGGCAAGUACAACAGGUGUGGCAGAAACAUCUUCUCAUUCUGUAGGCCCUGAUGGCCGUACAUGCGUCUUUUUGGAUUAUGACAGUGCAUUUGCCACCAAGAGAGCACUUCUUAACUUGUGUGGUGUUAACGAAGCAGUAUUUGCUUUACUUUCGAGCUUACUACCACUAGCAAGAGAAAGGUCUGCCAAUUUGACGCUCGAAAACAAGCUUCUAAUAUUUCUGAUGAAAAUGAAACGUGGCAUAUCGUUCCGUGUACUUGGAGUACAGUUUGGCAUGCACGAGACUACAGCUUCAAGAAUAUUUCAUGCCGUCCUGGGCAUACUGAGCCAUGCAACCCUCAGCUGGAUACACAAACCAUCCCUUGAAACCAUCUGUGCAACAUCGCCACCAUGUUUUCGGGAGCAUUAUCCAGACUGCACAAUGAUAGUUGACUGCACAGAGGUGAAGACUGAAGCCCCGCCCGAGAUACGACAAAAACAUAACCUCUUCUCAUCCUACAAAAACGGCUACACCCUGAAGUUUCUGGUUGCAAUUGCACCAAAUGGCAUGGUUAUAUUCAAGUCCGCAGCCUUUGGUGGUCAGUGUACAGAUACAGAUAUUACAGUUCGCUCAGGUUUUAUGACCCUGGUCAGUGCUGGUGACAUCAUUUUAGCUGAUAAGGGCUUCCCUGGCAUUCGUGCAAGUGUCACUGAGACGAAUGCUACUCUACUCAUGCCGCCCUUCUCAUGUGGGAACAUUCCAUUCACACCAGAAGAAAUUGAUGAUGUGUAUCAUAUUUCUAAUGUGAGAGUACACGUGGAGCGUGCCAUUCAGAGGCUGAAAUGA